UCGGACGCUUGCUGUGUAAUUGCCUCCCAAUUUACGCAAUGAUUUCCGAGGGAAAUAACAGCAAAAUAGACGGUCCCAUGCGCCCCCCUGUGAGCGGUCAUGGAUCCGAGCAGACGAACUGAAUCUCUUUCCGAACCUCCCAUCGUGAUGAUUCGAUUUCAUGGAACAAGGAUGAAGUCAGGCAUUGCUAGCAUCUAUGUAGUCGAAAAGCCUGAGCCCCGGAAUAUGAAGGUACAAAGUCCAAGGUGGAUCCAAGACAUCGGCAGUCUCGCAAGGUACAUUUUCUUGCUACAGGAGGCGUUUCUCGAGCGUUCAUACCGGGAGUCAUGGCUUCCCAACGAGGUUCGUUUCUACGUCGUCCUCAAAGCUAUGCAGCAGGUUAAUACACCCAGAAUGGAUGGACGUGUCGGAUUGGCCGGAAGCGGCUCAAGGAAAUUUUAUAUUUCCAUGUACCUGUGCUGCCACAAUUCAGAGUCAUUCUGCCCUUGGGGUGGAUUCAAAGCAUCUGUCGGUCUUGCUGGAUUUGAUUUCAGCACCAUGUCAGAGCUUGUGUUGUGUUACAACCCUGAGGAAGUAAGACAGGUCACUGGCCGUUAGAUUCAUUCAACGGCGUUCUUUCGAAGCUGGGAGUGUGUCGAUGGCUUCAAUAAGCAAUAAGGUUCCAUGGUUCCAAUGUCGCCGCCAGACGCAGCCGUUGCUGCAUCGUCUGUCUUGCACAUG